CUAUACGAGAAUUCGUAGGUAUAUCGCAUGGUUCAUAUGUACAAUUAACCUCCAAAGAUCUAGUGCUUAUCUUCAAUCUUAGUUUCAUCAUUACAUUAGCAAAAUCCAACUAAAUACAGGAAUGGACAAUUUGUAGUAAACAAAACUUGUUUAAUUAUUUUUUAUUUUAAGCUCACCAAUAAUAUCAAAAAUUAUACAAGCUAAAGUUCAGAUCGAUUAGUUCCUUUAUACAAUUAUGUGUCAAAGUUUAAGUCACAUAUUACCAGCUCAAUUGGAAAAAAAAAAAAAAAAAACUCAUGAAUUUUUACAAAUAAUUAAAGUACAAUGUUACUCUAUAUAAUACAGUAGCUCAUUUUUACUCCAUACUUCCCAUAGUAUGUGCAUAAUCAAUUAUGUAGCAAUGAAUCAAUAAUCAUCCCAAACUAGUGUGUUACUCAUGUUAUUAUUAAUAAACAAUUCGUAUUAGUUUCCAUACUACAUAUAAAAGUUAAAGAAGAAAUAAAUCUAAGAAAUUAAUAUGAGGUUGGUCAAAAGUUAUGACAUAAAAGGCUUGGUACCAUUUAAGGAGGGUCUGGACUAAGCUCGAGCCCAAUCACGGACUCACCCACCAGACUCGAUUCCGAAUGUAGCCAUAGCAUGGUACCCUUAUUAUUCCCUCCUAAAAGUUGGGGCACAAGUCAAGUCUAGCCAAAAAAUACAGACAACACACAUAUCGUACAAUUCUCUCUCCUCUGCUCUCCCUCCCCAUUUAUGACAGUGCAGUGUGCAAAACACACUCCUCUUUGCUCUCUACUACACCACCACAAACCCACAUACCACGGUACAGUACACUGCAAAUCAAUUUUUUCCCUUUUUUUUUCUUUUAUUUUGUUAGUACAAAUUCAGAAAUAAAUCACAAAAAUAUCACCCUCAUUAUUACAACAAACACCCCCUCUUAUAAAUACCCUCUUCCGUCUCUCUCUUCCACUUUCAUUCUCCCCCUCAUUUUCUCUCUGCAAUUUUUCAAGCUCUGCUUCAACUCAUCAAUGGCGAAGGUUUAUCUCUCCUCUUUCUCUUUCUCUUUCUCUCUCCUCUUUCUAUUUCUCUCUCUUCGUUGUUUCUGAUGACUUACAAUUUUUUCUCAUUUCGAAAUUUACAGAAAAAAAACAGAGGAGGUGGAGGUGGAGGUGGUGGUGGUGGUGGUGGUGGUGGUGGUGCAGAAGGAGAGAAGAAGGAUGACAAUGGCGGCGGAGGUGGCGGUUGCGGUGUUUAUCUGAACAUCGUAAUCCAAACAGAUUUGCACUGCGAAGGUUGCACGAAACGGAUUCGGAAAUUCCUUCUCAAUUUUCCUGGUGUUCUAAAUGUCGAGUUUGAAGGGGAGAACAAGGUGAAAGUGAUGGCCCAAAACAAAGUUGAUCCAGUUGUACUCACUGAUAAACUCCGCCAGAAAUUUCUGAAGAAGACUGAACUCAUCUCUCCUCAACCUUCGAAGAACAAUGACAAAAAGAGCGAAAACAAAGAUGAAAAACCCAAAGAGAUGCCAGUGAUAACGGUGACGUUGAAGGUUGCAUACCAUUGCGACGGCUGUGGUGACAAAUUGUACAAGACAAUUAGAUCGUACAGUGGUGUGCAUGAAGUGAGCAUUGAGAAGGAAAAGGACUUGGUGAAGGUGACAGGAAGGAUAGAGGGGAAGAAGAUGGCUGAGGAGCUGCAAAAGAAGCUUAAGAAGACGGUGGAGAUCGUCGUUGAUAAGAAGGAUAAGGAGAAGAAAGAAGGCGGUGGCGGCGGCGGGGGCGGAGGCGGUGGCGGAGGUGGUGGUGAUAAGAAGGAGCUUAAGUACAUUGUUGACGGGUCGGGUUAUGUCGGGAUCGUUGACGGGUCGGGUCGGGUUCUUGAGAUCUUCGAGGCUCCCCGGUUCUUCAGUGAUGAGAACCCGAAUGCCUGCGCAAUUAUGUGAGUUGUGGGCUGUAGUGGGUUUGGGCCGGGUUUGAUGGGUUUUGUGGCCAUUUUUUGGGAAGGAUAGUCAAGACACUUUGACGAGUUUUGUAAAUAAUGAAAUUUUGGGAUGUUUUGUAAAUAAUAAUGAAAUUUUCAUAUAUUUAUGCAUCGAAUUAGGAAGGUGAUAGUUAAAUUAAUCAUACAAUAACAUUCUUAUUAUGUUUAAUAUUGAAAGUUAAAUUUAGAUUUGUCAAUCAAUCAAAGCGCAAUUUUCAUUAAAUAUUCUUAUCCCAUUACUAUUAAUAAUUUUGAGAAAACUAAUAUUUUGAUUUAAAAGCCGUGCAUCACUUGGGUGUCA